GCAGGUGCUCGUCAUCUUCAUGGUCGCCGGUUUGUUAAUCUGAGCUCCCCAAAACCCUAAUACACUACAACAGAGAUCACCAUGGAUAUGGAUAUCGAUGAAUCGAAGACUGCAGAAAGCGCGCGCUCAUUCAAAGCAGAAGACCUGUUCAAGGCGGCAGAAAAUGGAGAUACUUCUGUCUUCACUUCGCUCUCUCAAGACCAACUCCUCAACUCGCUUUCUCUCCGCAACGAAGACGCCCGCUCCCUCCUCCACGUCGCCGUCUCCUAUGGCCAGACCGAGGUUGUCAAGAUACUGUUAGCUGGAGAUCCAUUGAAGAGUGGUGUAAAUAGUGCUGAUGAGGAAGGCUGGGCUCCAAUUCACUCGGCAGCUAGCUGUGGCAAUGACAAAAUUCUUGAGAUUUUGAUAAGCAGUGGAGCUGAUGUGAAUUUGAAGAACGAUGGUGGUCGUACUGCACUCCAUUAUGCUGCUAGCAAGGGUUGGCUAAAAAUUGCAGAGAUUCUGAUUUCUCAUGGUGCAAAGAUCAAUUCAAAAGACAAGCUUGCUGGAUGCACCCCUUUGCAUCGAGCAUCAAGCACAGGGAAAGCAAAACUAUGUGAAUUUCUAAUAGAGGAAGGAGCUGAGAUUGAUGUUGAAGAUAAAACAGGUCAAACUCCGCUCAUGAAUGCUGUGAUUUGCGGCUACAAUGAGGUAGCUCUCCUUCUGAUAAGGCAUGGAGCAGAUGUUGAUAUAGAGGACAAGGAGGGUUAUACUGUUCUUGGUCGCGCCUCACCUGAUUUUCGAUCAAUUCUGAUCGAUGCAGCCAAGGCUAUGCAAGAGGAAGAAUGAGAGAUUUAUUUCUUCUUCAUCUUAACUAAUGAAUGAAUGAAUGAAUGGAAAUGAGUAUUCUAUACUAAUUUUCAAAUUUUCCUUUUCUUGUAAGACAGAAUAUAGUUAUUCCAUUUGUGUUUGCUUAGAGUGG